GCUGCAGCUCAGAAGGAACCUGUCGCUGCAUGAUGGAGGCCCAGCAGGAUCCAUUUAUCACCCGGCAGGCAGCUUUAUUUUUUAAAAAAGACGUGAGAGUAUAUCAGGGCCAGAAGAAUAAAACAACUCAACAAAGACAAGCAAACACGGGAAAGAUGACAGCCUGGCGAGAUGAAGAUGUACAACUGGUGGGAUCACAGGAGGAUAAGCCAUUGCCCCGAGGGAUACCGGGAGGCAUUUUUGGAAUCCUGGGCGUCGUUGCUGCUGCUGCUCUCAUUAUCAGCGUGGCUGUGACGGUCUUCAUUGUCUACAGGCGACAGCAAAAGGGCCGCUCUGACACUGACAAUGAUCUGAUUGACCUUCCCCCCUCCCACAAACCUGCUCCCCCACCUCCCAAGCGGAAGCAGGAGAUGAAAAGCCACCUAACAGCAGAGGAUAUCCAGGUUGUGCACUUGGACAACAUGAAGGAGCCAGAGGAAGAGAUCCAGAAGUUGCCACCACAGCCCCCCUACUAUGAUAUGGCAGCCACUGAGCCAACCCCUCACUCUGACAAGAUGAACUUUGGAAAGCGUCACACAGAGAUACCGGAUGCGGGUGAUUACUUAAGCUGCCGUUACUCACGUGAAGACCAGUACCUGGCGAGAAUACCAUAUGUCUAUAGUCCCUUGUCAUAUCUCCCAGAAGACGCCUACUCAUCCCGCCAUUCCGAGGCUUCCUUUUGCUGCCCACCUCCCGGUUCCAGGGCGCCGUACAUCUGUCCCAAAGAACAGUAUGUUUAAAAAGAACCCUGCAGGAAAGCAAUGAAGACAGGAGGGGCAAAAGAAAUAUUCUCCACAUGUCUCCAGCUACCACACAUCAACUACGGCCUUUGAACCUACCCACUUGCACCCCCUCCAGCCAUUGGGGAUUGUGUCUGGGUUGUGUGUGUGUGUGCGUCUGUGUCUGUGUGUGAGUGCCGGUUUCUCCCCAUCGCUAACACCCACCGUUUCUUCUUUUUUACUAUUUUUGUUGAAAAGUGUCAAUGCAUUUGUACUUUCCGUUGUUAGGUUAAGGCUGCGGUCUUAAACACAGUAGCAAGGGAGCGAGCCUCACUGAACAGAGCGGGAUGUACUUCUGAAUCGACAUGCAUUGGAUUGUGCUGUAACCUCUGCCUUGUUUGUUAAGGAACAUCCUCCUCUCUCCCAACCCCAUCUAAUUUUGACCCCUUGGGGCUCCCGUUCCAUGCAGGCUUGGUGUGUUCAUGCACCAGUGCAUUUGCACUACUGCCCUCUGCUGGAUGGAAUGCGCCUCUUGCUCAAAUGUCCACUCUCUGUUUUCCAUUUACACAAUUUUGCACUAUGGUUAAACUUCCAAGUUAACUCUACCCCUGAAGGUUGGGAC